GUGAGAAUAUGGGCGACAAUGCAUCGCCGUCGGAUGCAGCCAUCGACGACGUCGAGCCAGCAAAGUACAUCCCCAUUGAGGGCACAAGCCUCGUGACUAUCAUCAAAGGCGUGACCAAUGUAAUCACUAGACCGUGUUCACUCACAGACGGAAACAGUAUCAAUACAAUUGCAAUUGCAGCAAGUUCAUCCUCAAUCACAGCACAAGACCGCCGUUCCGGAAUUGUGAGCAUCUCGAGCAUUUCCUCGGCUCAGAAUUCAACCAAAAACGCCUGGAGAAAGGCAGAGAGACCGCCGUGGUAAAGUAUGUGAUGCCUAGUAGCUCUCAAGCCUCUUCUAGCGCUACCAGUGAUACCGGCACGAGCGCUUCUUCGCGUAAACGUGCCAUUUCUCAUAGUUCCUCCUUGUCGGACCUUGUGGGGACGAAAAUCAAAAAGCCUGCGUUGAUGCAUGGUACGCUCAUGCCCCACGAUUUUGACCCCCAAGGCUGGUGGAUGUCCGAAAAGCUCGACGGCUUGCGCGCUUACUGGGACGGUGAAAAUAUGAUCAGCCGCCGAGGCAUGGUUUGGUUCGUUCCAGAUCACUUUCGCGAAAAGCUUCCCAAAAAUCUGCUUUUAGAUGGAGAGCUGUGGGUUAAACGUGACCAUUUCGAAAAGACAUCCGGCUUAAUCCGGUCGUUGCGUAAAGGGAAAAGGCCCAAUGUUGACGGAGCACCAAGCUGGAAGGAAGUUAUUUACUUCGUGUUUGACGUUUGUGGUGUCUCAGGCGGGAUUGAAGCUCGCUGGAGGACCCUCAAGGAGAAACUUGGGGAAGAGCCAGUCACACCGGACGAAGCUUUGAAAAGGCCAAAGGGGUGUUUGCGCAUCCUAAGCCAUGUAAGGUGCAAUGGCAAGGCUCACCUGGAGCGGACUUUGGCAGAAGUGAGAGCAAAGGGUGGCGAAGGCCUCAUGUUACGCAAAGCAAACUCCCCCUACAAUUAUUCUGGCAACCGCAGCGACACAUUGCUGAAGGUGAAACCAAUAUAUGAAGCGGAAGCGGAGGUCACUGGACAUAAGCCGGGAAGAGAGAACACCAGGAACUCACACAGGGUCGGCUCACUUUGGGUGCGGAUGGAAAAUGGUAGAGCUUUCGCUGUAGGCUCAGGUCUUACCGACCUUCUGCGUGAUCAACCUCCCAAGAAAGGUAGUAUUAUUAAAUACAGAUUUCAAGAGCUUUCUGAAAGAGGUAUUCCCAGGCAUCCAAUCUUUAUUGGUGAAUGUGUGGAUAAAACUCAACCACGAGAUGCGGUGGUUGCUUCUUCAGCCUAUCGUCAAAGGGAGCCAGACGCUAGCGAGUCUGAGUCCGAAGGAGGCAUCUAAGAUAUUUCGAACUAGCAUUAUCUCAUCCAGGCUCGAUCUACUUAUUGAGACUUGUAUCCUGAAUUUCCGUUCGAAGGGCAUUGAAAG